AUGCCAAGAAUUACAUCAACCCUCACAGUGACCAAUAAUAAUUCGGAACCAAAAAUUGCUUCCAAACAAUCUUUUGAAUCAUCAUCAACAACAAAAAAGCAAGAUCUCACCUUUUUGACACAAUCAAUGCAAUCUAUGAAGGAUGUGGAUGUUAAUUUAUUAACUGAUUUGGGAAAGAAACAACAACAAGUAAUUAAUUCAACUACGACUACUAAUAGUACAAAAAAGAAACAACAACGAUCAUCGGACGAAGAUGAGGAUGAAGGUUUGAAUGGAGAGGAUGACGACGAUGAUAUGAAGGAUGACGAUGAUGAAAACAAAACCAAGAAAAUAAAGAAUAAUGAAUAA